CGUAAAAAUGGGCCUUAUUCAAAGAGGCACUCCAUCAACUUUAGACUGUACGUCAGACAAAACAACCCAGAAGAAGAAGAUAGAGUGAAAAUAAUUACAAUAAUAAUAAUAAUGUCGAAUCAGGGCGAGCUAGUGUGCGUCACCGGCGCCAGCGGCUGCAUCGGCUCGUGGGUCGUCCGCCUCCUCCUCGACCGCGGUUACUCCAUUAACGCCACCGUCAAAGAUCUCAAGGACGAGAGCGAAACGAAGCAUCUAGAAGCCCUAGAAGGAGCGGAGGGGCGCCUCCGUCUCUUCCAGAUCGAUCUCCUAGACUACGACUCCAUCGCCACCGCCGUCCGCGGCUGCGCCGGCGUCUUCCACCUGGCGUCCCCCUGCACCGUCGACAAGGUCCACGAGCCCGAGAAGGAAGUGCUGGACCCGGCGAUUAAAGGAACAAUUAACGUUCUGACGGCCGCGAAGGAGGCCGGGGUUGGGCGCGUGGUGGUCACGUCUUCCAUCUCCGCCAUGUUCCCCAGCCCUCGCUGGCCGGCCGACAAGGUGAGGGAUGAGGAUUCCUGGACCGACCUUGACUACUGCAAGCAGAAGGAACUGUGGUAUCCGAUGUCGAAAACGCUGGCGGAGAAGGCGGCCUGGGAGUUUGUUAAAGAGAAAGACUUGGAUGUGGUGGUGGUGAACCCAGGCACAGUGAUGGGCGCUGUUAUUCCUCCAAAGCUCAAUGCCAGCAUGGUCAUGCUCUUAAGGCUUCUCCAGGGUAAAUACUGUUCUCUGCAACUUCAUCAUAAUCCG